UAAAAGUGUGUUCUUUCGCUCCAAAUGUCUGGAAACUCAUUCUAAAGAUAGAGGCUCCUCACUUUUUCAUAACUGCACUAUUUGAUACAUAACUGUCAGUUUAUUCAUUUUGGUCAACACAUCUGCCUUUUUUUUUAAAUGUCAGUGUCUUUCCACCUAUCUGGCACCUCUGAUUGAUUGCUUUAUGUCUGAGAAGAAUUCAUUUAAAGGAGCCUAAUCUGAAAUUGAGUGCAUUUUCAUUACCUCUCAGCAGCUCUUCACAUGAGUCAACAGCUCACAGUUAAUAGGUUGCACAGUACAGCAAACGUGCUGACGGAGCUCGCAGAGUCUCGAUCAGAAGGGUGGACGCACGCUCCCAUGAUGUCGCUGUGAGUUUGGAUCGUAACCUCCAUGUGAGGUUAGUGCUGAUCGGCGACCUUGAACCAAUGGGGCACGCUCGCAUGCAGGAGCAUGCAUGAGGCAGAGGUGAAGUAGAAAGUCGCUUCAUUCUCUUCUCAGGUAAACUUUACUCUGCUUUAUUUUUUGUUCUUUGAUACUACGUUAAUUCUCUGACUGUCGUAGAUGCUCCUUUAUGUUCUGAACCUGUACUACUCACUAACCAACCGUGUUCUUUGUUUGGGGGGGUUGAGGGGGAUUGUGCAGGUUUGUUUCUUUGCUUGAUUGUUAAGAACCAAUUGAUUCCAUCCCUUGUAGCUUCAAAUUAUCAAAUACAGUUAAGGUGGAAAAAAUGUUGUGGGAGGGAUAGGAAAAAUAUGAAUGAAAAUAUUUUUAAAAGGGUUUGGUGAUCUGAGAUAAUUUAAUGUGUGGAAAGAAUUUUGAAUAGGAGCUAAGCUUUUGUGCCUUUCACUUCAAAUAGGGCUUCACUUCAAAGGACCGUGCACUGCUGUUAACAGCUGGAUAGACACUCUGCUGAGGACAACUGCUGUCAAGUUCAAUGAAGCACUACAUUGUAGUUCUCCACGAGGGAAAGCAGUAUUUAGCCCUCAGAGCUUACUGACCCAAUACUUAAAGUACUUAAAGACAUGAUGAUGAUGAUAAUCAUCGUAUUUCCUCCCUAUGUUGAGUAAACAUACAAAGUUCUUAUGCUCUCUGUUUUGUCAGUGCAUAUUAAAUAAUACGGACAAUCUGUAUUCUUUAAUGUUAUUCAUUUAAUUUUAGUUGUGUUCCUAUUUUAUUACUGCUUUUGGAUCUUGCUUGUCUCUGUGCACUUUACCUCCUUUGCUGUAAUCCUGUUUCAGGAGACCAGCAACACUUAAUUAUAAGUGUUUUAAUUAUAUAUCAUGCUUUGUGUUUUUUUUAACACCUGCAGCAUGGUUGCAGGUGAUUGGGAUAAUGGUAUGUUCUAUAUAGACUGUAAUACUUUUUAAAAUGUAUUAAAUAUUUGAUGUAUAUAUUUUGUCUAUAUCGUGACAUAGUAGUAAAAAUUGUAAAUAUUGUUUAUUUAUAGUUUUGCAGGUGUUGUCAAACUAAAGAUGACCACAGAUUUUCCUUGGCGUGGCUCAUUGUACUCCUUAAAAAUACUGUUAUAUUUCAGCACCGCGUAAAAAACCUCACCGCGUAUUUUGGAGGGAGCUUUUUAGCAAAGGCCACAAUAAAGUGGAUAAAUCCCUGCGCGGCUCCCCUCACUCCGGGCUCGUGCCCGGCGCGCCCCCGUCUCCCAGGAGACGGGAAUGAGAAGCGGCAGCACGCAGACUCCUCUCACGCACUGGAAUGGGAGCCUCCCUCCACUGCCCCCCACCCCCACCAAAGGAGCCCCCCAGGCGUGACCAAUGGAACAUAGAGUCUCCAUUGUGGCCGUGACACUUUAAUAAUCGCAAACUACAAUAUCCAACCUGUCGGUAGCUUCAGGAGCCCGGCCCGGCGCGUUGGAUGGGGGGCUUGUAGGUGGGAAGAGGGGGCGAACGCUCGGCGCCAGACCUCUAACCCGCGAGCCGUCCCCGAGAUGAAUACAUGAAUAAAACAUAGAAAAGAUUGAUGUUGGGUUAUCUCUUAAAAUCAUGAGAUUUUUUUUGUUCACAAAAACGGUGUUUUCUCUCACCAUCUCCGGCAAGUUUCCUCGUUUUAGAACAAAAAACAUUAUUUCAAACGAUUCUUUACAACAAAAAAAAGAUGUACCAAAGUUGUGAAUAUUAACUACAAUAAUAUACGGACCUGCGGCUUGGUGUCAUUUUCGUUUGGAAUGGUUUGAUACGGUCGUGAAAAGUUGUGCUGUGGGCUAACAGGCCAUUAUGCGUCAAACAUCGGCAGUUUAUGGUGGUUUAUGUUCAUUUUCCAGAUUAUUCUCAGUUUGUAUCUCAGUAAGCAAGGUGUGAUCAGUAGACUGCAGGUGGAUAAAACACAAAAUAAACGUUGCACCAAUGGAAGAUAUUUAAAUAGCUAAUAAUUUGUCUGAACCACUUGACAAUGUCAACGUUACUUCUUACACUUUGCUUUUUGUAAAUCGCAGAUUGAUAUUAGAAAUAAAUAAUGUAUUGAAUGUACAGCACGUCGUGCUUUGAGUUCAUUUGCGUCUUUCUCUCUUUCCCUCCUGUGUGCGCGUGUGUGCGUGCGUGCCCACGCGCGCGCGCUUCUUCCAGUUUCACUCGUGCGCACUGCUCGUGUCAGUGCGGAAACAGUGUGCAGCGCCGGACCCCUGCUCAUGUUUCCGAUCCCUGUGAAGCCCUUUUUACGGAAAGGGCGUUCCUAGAGCUGGAUCAAAAGCUUUUGGACUCGCUACAAAAGAAAAAUGGAAACUGGAGAUGAUCUUAGCAUGAAUGAAUUGACAAUGAGCUCGCGAGCCCCAGGAGCCGCAACUCUUUUUUUUGGUUGACUUUUGGUGACGCGUUACUGAUGCAAAAGGCCCACGCGUCUUCUUAUUGCAUUGCCCGUUACGCUCCCGUCACCCGGCUCUUUUCGUCCCCUGCAUUUUGUGUCACCGCAGUUGUGUUGUGCAUUCUAAAAAGAACCAUGUGAGAAAAGUGUGACAAAGUUAUGUGCUGCACCUUAGUCUCUCUGUCAAAUCAAACGCUGCAUGUGACAUUCUGUCAUAUAAGAGUCCCGUCCCAGCAGCGGACGUCUCCCCAGUGUGCACGCGCACCCACGAGCAACAGCUCGUCCUGUGGGAGGUUCCCCUUACCUCCCUUUGCGUUCAACACUGCUUAAGUUGUUACGUUAUCAUAAACAGUCUGGCUUCGGGGGGCCGUAAUCACCUCUCUCGGGCCUUCGCCGAGGCUUCUCAUUGGACGCCAACACGCGACCGGCGCGAGGAGGGGGGCUGCCAGGCGCGUGCCGCUUUUUAAACCGACGCAGCGCCUUGAGACACGCCAGAGAAGGAGUCAUAUUCACACAGCGCGACAUCCCCGCGGUGCGUGCGUCCGAGGAGAAAAAAAACAACCCAAAUCCCACAUUGUAAAGUCGGUUCAACUUUGCCCAUCUUUUGGGGUUGUUGUUUUGUUUUUUAAUUCGGAAACAUGGAUGUCCGAAGUGUGGGAGACUGGAGCAGAAGCGAGGUGGCGGACCUCAACUCGCGGCUGCAGAGCCCCGGGUCGGUGGAGAGGGGGGGGCAGCAGCACCUGCAGCAGCACCUCGCGGAGUCCCGCUACGAGCCUGCGCUGACGCUCGUGGACAGCGGCAGCGACCCACGCGCCUGGCUGGCUCCGGCGCAGCCUUCUGGCACCUGCGCGCCACACGCCCGCUCACCCGACCGCCUGCGGCACUCGCCCUGCCCGAGCACCGGCUCCUUCCAAGAGAGCGGUUCCCCGGAGUCCUCGGGCCACCCCAGCCCUCUCAGCUACAGAAUAACUGCCAAGAGCCCCUCCUCCUCUUCUUCUUCCUCUUCUUCGCUCAAAGUCAGGGACUUGUGCCGUCUUCAAGGCACGGCCAGCUGUUCCGACGAGGAGACAUCCACGAGACAGAGAGCCCAGUCCAGCAGACCGGUCCACGUAGUCCACAAGCAGAGGCGCGUAGCCGCCAACGCGCGCGAAAGGAGGCGGAUGCACGGGCUCAACUACGCGUUCGACGAGUUGCGCAGCGUCAUCCCGGCGCUGGACAACGACAAGAAGCUCUCCAAAUAUGAAACUUUGCAGAUGGCGCAGAUUUACAUCAAUGCCCUGGCUGAUCUGCUCCAAGCUCCGUCCCCAACCUCCACCUCCACCAGCGCCACCAGCAGCAGCAGCAGCAGCGGCAGCAGCGGCAGCAGCAGUACCGACGUCUCAAACAAUAAAAACAACUCGCCAAAGUGUGACAUUACGCUUCCAUCCGCCGUUGGUUUUGACGGGGCGAAGAACAGGGCUCCCCCGUCUCCGGGCACCUGUAGGACCGCGGCUGCUGGGCCGGUCUCGGGUGGGGGGCUACCUGUUCACAUCAGCGGGAUGCCCUUCCACCCCUCCUUCGACGACGGGUCCUUUUCCGCCAUGGUCGAAGAAGCAAUGCGGUCGGCCUCGCCUCCUCCUUCCGCUCGGGGAAGCAACUCGCUCGCACCGGUCGGGGGUGGCGGGAAGGAGUCUCCCCGGAGCGACGGGGAGUUUUCCCCGCACUCCCACUUCAGUGACUCGGAUGAAAUGGCGAUGGAGCUCCACUCGAGUGAAGAGGAUGACUUCUCGGAGCUCAAGCUGCGCAGCCGCCAUCACCACACGGUUGCUUUCUGAAUGAUGAUUCAAAAAUAAAAUAAAAAAUAAAAAACGACUUUGUUGAAAGUUCAAGGAUGAUAAAGUAAUGGCCGAUAACCGUGUCAACAUGCCGUUAAGAUGGUGCAAAUGUCAUUUUAACAAUACGUUUAUUUUAAUGACUUGUUACAUAGUAUAACAGCUAUUUUUCGUGUGAGAUAGACCUAAUUCGGUUCUGCCAAUAGAUGUAUUAGCCUAUAAUUCCCAGUUUCCAUGGAGACGCGGCUGGAAGACCCCUCUGCCAUGUCGCGUGCAGCACUGCCAUGGGUAUUCCCCGCGUCACUCCGACCAAAAGAGCUGUCUUACACUAAAUAGUACCUUUUUGGGACCAUUGCUUGUAUUUGAUGAUGUAAAAAAAAAGUUUUUUAGCUAUAAUAUGAUUUUAGAUGUGAUGAAUGUUUUUAUUUGUUCAUUUGUUUGUAUAAUGUAACUUCAAAAGUUCAUGUGCACUUUAAAAAUACACGAGCCAGAGGCUUGAGAAAUACGACAUUUUUUUUCAAACCAUAAACCAUAUUUUGUUGCUUUGUUUGCUAGUGUAGUCCUGCCAAUUCCAAACAAAUAGCCUAUUUAAUGUAGCCAUCAAUGCAGCCUUCUUUUGUAUUUUCUUUGGUAUCUUCAGAUGAACUUGUGUGUCUUUUGCUUUCACUGGAUGAGAUGAAUUGACAUAGGCCUAUUUAUUGCAGAUAUGUUUCAUUUGGUUUUCGUUUUAUAACUCCAUAAAUACAUUUCCUGAAUAAUAAAAAAAAACUAUAAUUUUGCAAUUCAUUGUUAUGUUAAUUUGAUUUUGGGGAAUAAAAAGAAAAACGAAAAUGUAA